GUCAGUAUUCGCGUAAAAAGAAAUAUUACAAUAAAAUCCUGAAUAUUGCUGUGCCAAAUACUUUAUAAAUUAUGUCUGUUGUGAUAGAGACUACGCUCGGAGAUAUUACUGUGGACCUUUUUUUAGAACAACGCCCUAUAACAUGUCUGAAUUUCUUAAAACUCUGCAAGAUGAAAUACUACAAUUUCAACCUGUUUCACUCGAUUCGAAGCGGUUUUAUAGCUCAAACUGGUGAUCCGAGUGGAGAAGGGUCCGGUGGACAGUCAAUAUGGGGGCUUUUGAACGGUCCGGAGAAACGUUUCUUUUCCGGAGAGAAAAUGCCGAAAAUACGUCACACUGAUGCGGGACUGCUUUCUAUGGUCUGUACCGGGGAAAUGAUGGUCGGCUCACAGUUCUUCUUUACACUUGGCCCUGAUUUGGACUCUCUCGACGGCGUCCACUGUGUCAUAGGCGAGGUUACGGAAGGCCAUGAAAUUCUAAGGAAACUGAACGAUGUCAUUUGCGACGAGACGCAUCGUCCCUACCAAGAUGUUCGAAUUACGCAUACAGUUGUUCUCGAGGACCCCUUUAGUGACCCCCCAGGGUUGCGAGCACCUUCGAGGUCUCCAUCUCCUAGCGCUGAAAGAUUGAAAGGAGGCCGGAUUGCUCCGGAUGAAGAACUAGAUGAAGCUCAAGGAAAAACGGCUGCGGAAAUACAAGAAAUGAUUGAAGAAAAGGAAGCAAAAGCCAGGGCUACCAUCCUUGAAAUUGUAGGCGACUUACCAGAUGCUGACAUAGCUCCGCCUGAAAAUGUUUUGUUUGUAUGCAAAUUAAACCCUGUCACAACUGAUGAAGACUUAGAAAUUAUAUUUAGUCGCUUUGGUAAAAUUGUGAGUUGUGAAGUCAUAAGAGACAAAAAGACUGGAGACUCGUUACAGUAUGCUUUCAUUGAGUUUGAUGAUAAAAAAUCAUGUGAAGAUGCUUAUUUUAAAAUGGACAAUGUGUUAAUUGAUGACAGGCGCAUCCAUGUUGAUUUCUCACAGUCAGUAUCCAAAAUGAGAUGGCUUGGGAAAGGUAGAGGAGUACAACAUUUUAAUGAUAGAGGUGAAAAAGUGGCAGAAGGUAAACAAGAUAGAUACAGGCGAUCUAAGAGUAGGGAAAAUAAUCAAAGAAAGCAAUAUGGCAGAGAUAAACACACAGGCAGUAGGAGAAAUGAAGAAAGGAAUGAUACAAAUGUCACAAAUAGAAGAAGUUAUAGAGAAAGAAGUAGAAGUAGGUCUAAGACAGAAUAUCAAACUAAUUCUGGAAAUUAUCGUGAAUCUGGAGAAAAACAAUCGACACGAAAAUCUGAUGACUAUUCAAAAAGAGAAAAAAGAAGGGAAAGAAGUUCUUCAACAUCAAAAAAAGAUAAGAAUGAAAAAUCAAAGGACAAAAAAGACAGAUCAAGGCACAGACAUGAACACAAUCAUAGAAGUAAAUAUGAUGAUUUAACUGAAGACCAAAGCAAGUCUCAUUAUAGAAAUGAUGAGUUUGAGAGCAGGAAAGAUAAUAAAUCCAGGAAUAGCAGGCAGUAUGACGAGAUAAGAAAAGAAGAAAGGGAAAAUAAGAAAGAUGAUGUAAGAAAAUCCAGAAAUGAAGAUCAGCAUAGAAGUAGAGAUGUUUCUAUGAAUGAUUUAGAUGAUCAAGAUACUGGUAGAAAUUACCAUUCUUCUUAUAAAAAACAUGAUGAUAAAACAGAUAGGCAAACACACAAACAGAGACAUAAAAGAGAAGAUAGGGCUGUUGAUGAAUCAAGAAAAAGAGAUGAAGAUAAGAAUUCAAGGCAUAUAGAACAGCAAUCGGAAUCUGAUAAAGAAGUUCUAGAAAGAGAACAUAAGUCAAAUUCUAAUAUUGAAUAUAAAGAUAAACAAAGUACUGGAAGUGAGGAUAAUAGGCAUGAAAAGAAACACAAAAGAAGACAUGAAAAAGACAAAAAUAGAGAUGAACACGCAAGAAGUGACCUACAAGACCAGGUAAAAGAAAGGUAUGAAAAUAACGAAAUUAAAAGUCAGCAUGAAAAAAAUAGUAGCAGACACACAGAGAAAGAAAUAAAUAGAUAUGAAGAAAGGCAUGAUAAGCAUAAUAAGAGUAGAAAAGAAAGGGUCCAUGAAGAUAAUCUAGAAUAUAAUAAAAAUAGUCAGGAUACUGAUGAUCAUGAAGGAAAGAAAGAUGUUAAAAGUAAGAAGAAACAUGAAAACCAUGCCAGUAAAGAUAGAGGUGAAGAUCAUCAAUCAAGCAUGAGACUAGAAAAGAAAGAGAGAGAAAGAGGAAAUAAAGACAAAGAAAGUAACCAAACAAAAAAGAAAAAAUCAUCCAAAUCAGAAACACAGGAAAUUGAAAAGUCUGAUCAUGAUACAGACGACCCGCGCAACAAUGAAAAAGUAAAGAAACGAAAAGCAGAAAUCAAAAAGAAAGAUGUGAAUAAGAAAGUUGAUAAAAACAAGUCUUCUAAUAAGAAAGACAUUAGAAAGAAGAAGCGUAAACCGUCUACUUCUUCAGAUUCCAGUGAUUCGUCAGAUUCCAGCACUUCCAGCUCGAGUUCAUCCAGCAGUGAUUCGGAUCACAGAAGAAAAAAAAGGAAAAGGAAAUAUUCUUCCUCCAGCAGUAGUGAUUCCAGUACUUCUAGCAGUUCAUCAUCUAGUGAUUCAUCUUCUUCUAGCUCUGACAGUGAUGCAAAAAAAAGGAAAAAUAAGAAGCGCCGGACUAUGACUAAGUCUAAAAGGAAAUAAGUAGUAGUGAUAGUUAUUUAUUAAUAUUAUGUUUGCCAUACAAUUUUGCAUUGUGUUGAUUACAAAUUACAAUUUAGCAUUAAAUGAUUUUUUUUUCUA